AUGGAGGUGAAACCACGAAAGAUCGGUCUAAUCGAUCUUCCAUCGGAGACUCUAUUUCAGAUCUUCAAGCAUAACAAGUUCGACGCAUCUUUUGAUGCUGACGGCUUGAGAUACUUUGAGAGAUUCGCCCGAAAUGGUGUCGACAUCAUGAACAUUCGUUUGACUUGCCGUAGAUUCGGCGACAUCGCAGCUCCUCUGAUCUCGCAAGUUGCCCACUGUGCAAUCUUUGACGCUAAGUCUCUCGAGUCGUUUGAGCGUCUCUCGCAAGACCCAUUCUUUUCCAAGCAAGUUCACGUCGUCCACGUUCACCUUGGCUUUCAUGACCCUCUCAUUGCCAACCAUCAUGAAGCUCUGGCAGCAUACCUCUGUACCAUGUGGGAAGAGUUUACCCAGGUGAUGCCCAAGGAUGGAGGCUUUGCAACCGAGACACUCCCUCUGGUUAUGGAGACAGUCCAGUACUGGUCUCUUGUCGCUGACGGCCAGAAGAAGCCCGCGGCUAUCGAGAACAAGAAUACAAUCGCUGAAGUCAACAAGAAUGAUGCCGAGUUUUGCCUCAGCAUGCGCUUGCUCGGCCUCGUCUACAAAGAGUAUCGCAGGCGCUACCUUGCCCAGCAGUACCUGCGCAAGUCUGGUGACGGUAUUCGACGUGUGGCCCAGGCUAUGGCUCGGAUGCCACAUGCAACCCGUUUGGUCUUGGAUGACGCUCGCUCUCCAGGACCUGAGCACCUGGGCUCUCUGAUGGUUACUACCUUGGCCAGAGGUUUAAAGGAGGUUUAUGAGCCGGACUGCGCGAUGCUAGCAACCCACAUAAGCUGGGCCGCUUGCUGGAAGUUCAAAAAAGAUGAAGACAUUCCCAUGAAAUCACCCCUCAAACAAUUCCGUGUUCCCAUCGAUCUCAUUAUCGACCUUCCGGUUGCUGCACACACCGCAGGUGUCAAGCUUACGGGCCUACGCAUUCUGGGAAUGCAAAUCCCGAACGCGGUGCCAGCCUGGGACUGCUAUGAUCCUUACGGCUGGAUUCGACACCCUCCUCUAAACUUCCCAGACCAGAUCAAUCUGCCAGGACCCGAGGAACUCAGAGAGGCCUGCAAGGGACUGAAAGUGCUCGAGAUCACUCCGCUGUACGGCUACAAAUGCUUUACCAAGGUCAGGAACGCAUUCACCUCGCCCUUCCGAGAUAGGAACGACUAUGACCUUACACGGUUUAGCGGUAUUGUUAAGUACAUGAUGCCGGAGACUUUGACACAGAUCCAUCUGGACUGCGCUUCCAUUCUCUAUCCUGACACGGAAGGCUUCCGCGAGGACCACAGCGACAAACUCUUCAAAGCUUCUCGUUGGCCAAACCUUCAAGUGCUUCACAUUCAGAACGCGCGGAUCAGGAACACCGAGACUUCUCUGCUCACGAUGAUCCGCGAGCUGCCUAACCUCUACGAAGUGGUCCUCGAUCACGUCGGCCUCAUUUCCUUCUACCGGCCUUGGAACAUGGCUGCCCAGGCCAGCUGGUCUUAUUUGAUUGAGAAACUCCGAGACGAGGUGCCUCGCCUUUCCAAGAACAGAAAGAGGCUAGGCUUGGAGGAGAAGCUUCCGAUCACAGUCAGACGUGCGACCGUCAGCAACCGUCUAGCUUGGGAGUCUUACUGCUGCUUGUCAAUCUACCAGGAUUACGCCGACGAUGUUUUCAACAUCAGGGACCGUACUGGCCGCACCAAUGUCGACAAAUAUCUCCUGGGAGAUAUCGAGGAGAAUCCGCUGAUCACGCUCAAUGAUCGCAUAGGAUUCCUUGUCGAACGUCUUCUGUUCAGCGACAUGCGUUACGACCACACUCUGCAUGACGCUCUGAGGUACAGACCAAGCCCUAGACCUCCCACGUAA